UACGAUGCCGAAGCAACACGCUCCACUCUGAAUAUUAUGCUAAAUCCAGAUGUCGAUGUCGUUGAAACGCCAUUCGUUACACCCGCUAAUAAGGUAGCUCCUGUAACAACGUCACGCCGACCUCCUCCUCCACAAAUCAACCUCCCGCUUGCACAGGAACAAGCUCUACAGUAUCGAAAAGAAGCUGAAUUCCAUGCUUGGAAGCGCGCAGAAGAGAAUCAGAAGGCGCAAAGGUACAUACGAAGCGGAAUGCCAGCUGUGGCGGGAGCUUUUCAACAAGUUGCUCGAGAACACGCUUCGCGAGAAAAGAGCCUGCUUGAAGAGGCCAGCAGAAUCAUAAUAAAAGCACAAGAGCAUUCGCCUGUCCUCGAUUUUCACUUGCUCAGCCAAAAAGAGGCGCUUUCAUUGCUCAGAGACCGCCUUGCAGUGUUGGAUCGUCCAGAAACAAAACGAUAUGGAAGAUCUGAUCGCAGAUUACAUGUAAUUACUGGAUACGGUAAAAGUAGCGGAGGGCGGGCUGUGAUCAAACGAGCUGUUGAAUCUUAUCUCCGAAACAAAGGAUAUUCGUGA